CUUCAGUUCUUUAGCUUCUCCCCCCCCUCUCUCUCUCUUUCUCUAGACUCUCCGAGAUCCAUCCUCUCAUUCUCUCUUUUACCGUUCGAUCUCCAGAACCUAACGCUCUUCAUUUUCGAAAUUCAACUUUUUAAACAAAUUAAUUUUGUUUUCUUUGUCGUGAGAAAGAAAAAAAACUGCGGAGGAAUUAUGGGGAAGAGGAGGUUAAUUGGUGGUGGGGUUGCAGUACAGUGAAAUGGGUGUUGGUUUUGUAAAAUUCAGUUGGUUUAAUUUUUUUGGGGAGUACAUUAAUUUCUUGAACAGCGUUUGUUGUUUUACUCUGAUCGGAUAAAGAAAUAGCAUUGGAAGCGUCGCCGUUUCUUUUGAAUAAUAGAUUUUUUUGGAGGUUGAAAAAAAAAAAAAGAAUUAAAGAUGCAGCAAGAUCAGCGAAGGAAGAACCCCAAAGAGACGGAAUUUUUUACUGAGUAUGGAGAUGCCAACAGAUACAAAAUUCUGGAAAUUAUAGGCAAGGGAAGCUAUGGAGUUGUUUGCGCAGCAAUUGAUACACAUACUGGGGAGAAAGUAGCAAUAAAGAAAAUAACAGACAUUUUUGAGCAUAUCUCUGAUGCUAUUCGGAUUUUGCGUGAAAUUAAGUUGCUUCGCCUUCUACGGCACCCUGAUAUUGUAGAAAUUAAGCGGAUCAUGGUGCCACCCUCUAGAAGGGAGUUCAGAGACAUUUAUGUUGUUUUCGAGCUUAUGGAGUCUGACCUUCAUCAAGUCAUUAAAGCUAAUGAUGACUUGACACAUGAGCACCAUCGUUUUUUUCUCUAUCAGAUGCUACGGGCACUGAAAUAUAUGCACACAGCUAAUGUGUAUCAUCGAGAUCUUAAACCAAAGAAUAUUUUGGCAAAUGCAAACUGCAAACUCAAAAUAUGUGAUUUUGGACUAGCAAGAGUGGCAUUCAGUGAUACCCCAACAACAAUUUUUUGGACGGAUUAUGUUGCUACAAGAUGGUAUAGGGCUCCCGAGCUCUGUGGAUCUUUCUUUUCCAAGUAUACACCUGCAAUCGACAUUUGGAGCAUUGGCUGCAUCUUUGCAGAGGUCUUGACAGGGAAGCCAUUGUUUCCGGGUAAAAGUGUUGUGCAUCAAUUGGAUUUAAUUGCAGAUGUUCUUGGAACACCAUCAGCAGAAACCAUUUCUGGAGUGCGUAAUGAAAAGGCAAGAAAAUAUUUAACAGAUAUGCAGAAAAAACACCCAAUGUCUUUUGCUGAGAAGUUUCCUACUGCAGAUCCUUUGGCAGUGAAAUUGUUGAAACGGUUGUUAGCAUUUGAUCCAAAGGAUCGGCCAACUGCUGAAGAGGCAUUGGCUGAUCCUUAUUUUAAGGGACUGGCUAAACUUGAAAGGGAACCUUCUUGUCAGCCAAUUUCAAAGCUGGAGUUUGAGUUUGAGCGCCGACGAGUGACUAAGGAAGAUGUCAGGGAAUUGAUAUUUCGAGAAAUAUUAGAAUACCAUCCUCAACUACUCAAGGACUACAUGGCUGGAAAUAAUGGCACUAGUUUUCUGUACCCCAGUGCCAUUGGUCACUUCAGGAAGCAAUUUGCCUAUCUUGAAGAAAAUCUUGGGAGAAGUGGACCUGUGAUUCCUCCUGACAGAAAGCAUGUCUCUCUUCCACGGUCUACAGUAAAUUCAAGUACCAUACCUCCAAAAACCCAACAGAACGUGUCUGCUCUCAAUCACCGGCAAAUUACAGAAGAAAUGUCCACUGGGAUUAUAAAUCCAGAUGCCACAUUUGGAAAUCUAUCGAAGGUUGCACGUGUACCCCCGCCGCGGGUGCCCACCGCCAAGCCAGGAAGAGUUAUAGGACCAGUUUUACCGAAUGAAAAUAUCAAACAUAUCAAAGAGACCUCUGAUGGGAAAAUGUAUGUUCAGAACGCUAUCCUUCCUCAGUCGAUCUCUCCGCAUUAUUUCUUUAGGACUAAUUCUGGGAAGAAACACGAGAAGGGUUGGACAGGAGCUGAGAAAGAAUCACCACAGGUCAAAUCACACACACAACAAUACACGUCAGUUAAAUCAACAUCUAGCACAACUAGUGACAUCAACAAAGCACAACCUCAGCCAUACAUGCAAACUAAAUUAAACCCAGGGAUGAAUAUCGAAGUUAACAGUAAUCCAUAUUACGGCACACAAGCAAAAGUAGGCCUCAAUGGCCAGCUUGCAAUCGAUGUGAAAUUGCUGCAGGCUCAAUCUCAGUUCGGUAUGGCUGGGGCUGCUGCCGUUGCUGUGGCUGCUCAUAGAGAGGCUAGCGAUGUUCAGCUUGGACUGACUUAGUGAGGAUUUCUUUGAAUGGUCUUGCAAUGACAGGAUCAGUUUAUUCAGAUAUCUGAGGGUAGUUGUGAGGUCCUAAGUCGAAUAAUGUGUAUAAAUUGUCAAACAAUUCACAUGGUGUCCCCCUUAGUGCGAUAGAGUGAGGUUAUCUUGUCAGAAGAGAGUUCUAGUUUAGGUCACUGUAAGGUGGCAAUUGUCACAUCAUUGAUUGUUAAAUAAAAGAUAACUUUUCAUUCAAUUU